AUGACUGACACCAGAAAAGACGACGAAAACAAACAUUUGGCCAUCGACAUCAUUGAGGAUUUUUCUUCCUAUACAACACUCCAUGGGAUCAACUCUAUAUCUCAUUCCAAAACAAGAGCAGGAAGAAUGACAUGGUCGAUGUUAUUGGUAUUUGCAUUCGCAUACACAGUCAAGUCCACUGUCUCUUCGUUCAUCCGAUACACGAAGCAUCCAUUCUCGACUGAAGUAACUGAGCAAUUCGCUGGGGACUCCGGCUUAAAGUUCCCAACCAUUACUCUUUGCUCCAUGAACAUGUUCGUCAAACGUAAAAUACAACUCCCUGAUGACGAUCCACUGUUUCAUAAGUAUGGACUGAACUUAGAUAUAUGUAAUGAAACCAAAGUUAUUCGACAGGCAUAUAAUAUGACUUGUGGAAACCUUCUGAUGUGCAGUGCAGAUGCGCCUGAAUUUCAUCCCGGACAUGGAUGCGGCAGGGCAGACAAACUGAUGAAGGCAAUAAUAGCAACAAAGUCAGGCAAUAAUUUUUCGCUGAACUUUGAUGAACAGUUCCGGAAAAUGUAUGGUCCUAAACUUGAAACCAGUACACGACUGUGCAGAUUCGGCCAAGUGAGAUGCACCGCAAAGGAUUUCACGGGAUAUGUAACGAACCAUGGAAACUGCUUCCAGUACAACGGAGAUGUUGACAACGCCUCUUAUUCUUUUGGUAAGGAGAGUAUGACGUUGAUUCUAGAUGCCAAGUUGGACGAUUAUACUAAGACUCCCCAGUUUACAGAAGGAUUCAAGUUCUAUAUUCACGACCAAGGAACUUUUAACUCGCCUGAAGGCGGUUUCGUAGUUUCCCCGGGGAAUAUCGCGACUGUUACCGUUCCAUUCAAAAGUAACUGUACAAAGAGAAACCUUCAGAACUACCGCACCUAUACUAUUGGUGGAUGCUUGAAUGAAUGCUUUCAAGAUAUGAUGGUGCAGCGAUGCGGAUGUAGGACGUCUGGUUACACUCUGCGAAACGGGAGCCCAGGCACUCGUGUAUGCACUGCAUACGACAAGAAGUGCAAACGACGUCUUAUGAGAGCGUAUUUCAAUCCUAAACUCUGCGACUGUCUUCCACCCUGCAACCAAACUACCUACACCUACCAGAUAUCCUAUUCAUCGUUCCCUGAUUCUGGUACCAAGGAAAUGAUGRAAAAAUAUGGAAAAAUGCGUCUUGAAUAUAUAAGGAAAAACUUAGUGGCUAUUACGAUAUUUUACCAAGCUACGUCYUAUGAACUGCAUGAACAAAAAGGGUCAUACAGUUUGGAAGCCUUUCUUGGUGAGCUGGGUGGUAACUUGGGUCUAAUGGUAGGAUGCAGUGUGCUGACAGGAGCAGAAAUAUGUCAACUUAUCAUCCAACUGGUUUUCAACACUUUGGGCAAUUGGAUUCAAAGAGAUAAACGUAAAGUCGCCUGGAUGGAAGGAUCCUAGGGUGCAUAAAUAUAUGGUGUUACCAGUUUGUACCYAAGCUAGACCAGAAUUCACCUUGUUUAUUCAACUCAGAAAUGCCUAUUUUGUACUCAGUAUCCUUGAUCUAAUUAAA